AUGGAUAGAAUUACUGGAGAGCAGGGUGGAGUUGCUGGUGGAGGAGUGGGGACUCACCAAUCAGCCACCCUUACGCUACCCUCAACUUCUACACCAUCUCCUACAACCGUGGAUCCCGUGAAGGCGUUCUCUAUUGAGAAGUUCAUGGGGGAUGACUACGAGCACUGGAGCUUCCGCAUGUGGCUGAUGUACACCCAAUUCAAGCUAUUGGAUCUGGUGGAGGGGAAGGAGAAGAUGCCGGAGGUCGCGGAGCUGAAAGGAGCAUGGAUGAAGCAAUCGUUCGACGCGUACAUGCUCAUGUCAUGGUCUGCCGUAGCGAUCAACCUCAACUCUCAACAGCCCCAGUGGAGCGUGGAUUACAUUCGCGCGCGCAUCCUAGAGGAGAACUUGCGGCGGCAGAGUGUGGAGCGCUCGGAGGAGGGGGCUGGCUAUAGAGUUGGAGGUGGAAAGAGUGGCUUCAAGAAGAAGUGGAAGGGCAAGAACAAGGACAACCGUAAGGAGGAUGGUGGCGGGGGUCAAGGGGAGGUGUGCUUCUACUGCAACAAGCGCGGACAUCGUUGGCGGAAGUGCUACUAA